CUAUCUCAUUUGAUAAUGGGCUCUGAAUCCGGUGGAUUAUUGCAGGGAUUUUAUCUUGCAGUAAUCUCCAGGGAGAAAUGUACAAACAGCUGGGAGAGCAAGGAGGAGCUGCAUUGUGCGGCGGGAGUUUGUGGAGCAGAAUUUUGGGGUGCUGGAGUGGAUCUCAAUACCAACAUGAAUCUUUUCUGUUUUUCUCUGGAGGGCUCAAUGGACAGCUUGUAUGAGCCUGUCCCAGAACAUCAAGAACCCAAGGAUACAAUUACUAUUGACAGCCAAGCUAGCACUCCAGUGAGCAUGCAUGUAAGCUGUGGACCACCUGAUAGGUCUAUGUCUUUGGAAUUUCCUGACUUUGAGAACACAGUGACCAAAAAAAGAAAAUCCAUCCAGAAGUCCAUGUCUGAAAAUGAAGCAUUUGACAGGAAAAAUGUGAAUGGCACACUUUGGCAGGGUUCCAGGAAGCUGGAGAAUGAUUCGUACAUCAGAAGGCACUGUCAGCUUGAAGAAGAUAAUAUUAUUGGUGAUGGGAUACAUAUGCUGCAAGGAAAGAAGAUAGAGGAAACAACAUGCCAGGUGAUAAACUAUGAGCAGUGGAUUCCGCCACGAGCUCACAAUACAAGUGUGGCUGGUAACAGUGAAAUGGGUGCAGAACCAGAUGAUAAAGCAGAGUCCAUGGGAACAUUAAAACGAUUGCAGAAAUUGGUCCGAACCAAAAAAACAAGUACACAAAGCUUGGAGGAUGUCAAACAUGUUUUGCUCCCCCUCAAUACAUUAGAAGAUGCUUAUCUCUCUGAAGAGGAUGAAGAAGCACUAACUUCUUGCAUGAAACUGACAAAACCUCAGGAAAAGAAGACCUGGAAAGACAACAUGAGGAGAAAAGAAGAGACUGAGACUAGGGCAGAUUUUAUUUCUGCAUCUCUUGGCCACUCAUACACUUCCAGACUUAAUAACUUAGGAACUAUUUCAAUCCAUUCGGAAACCGAAUUUCACUUGUGGAGUGACUGGAAGCCUUUUCCUGAUAACCAGCUCUGUCCUUGUGACUUCUUGAUUUCAAAAAUAGAAGAAUGGGAAAACUGUACUUGCUCUUCUCAUCAGCCACAUCUCACAUAUUCCCUAACUGAUAUGGAUCUACAGUACUCCUGGCGCACAAGCAGCUUUGGAAGCUUUGACCGUUUCAGGCAUCACUCGAUAUCAAAGGCAGAUGAUGGAGCUGAGAUAUGUGAGUUGGAGACUAUAAGUGACAUUGGAGAUGCAGUACAAACUAAAGCAGCAAAUAAUGGAGGAAGUUUGGGUAAGAAGAUGAGAGCCAUUUCCCUUACCAUGAAGAAAAAGAUGGGUAAAAAGUACAUCAAGGCACUCUCUGAGGAGAUGAAUGAAGAAGGAAAAGAUGACAGUGAUCCUGGUGGUGGAAUACACACUGAGAAGGUCUCCCUAAAAGCCAGUGACUCUAUGGAAAGUCUCUAUAGUCUGAACAGUGGCCAGAGCUCAUCUAGUGGGGUGACCAGCUGCUCAGAUGGAACAAGCAACAGGGACAGCCUCCGGUUUGAUGACGAAGUCCCUUACAGUGGGCCCUUCUGCGGUCGAGCCAAAGUUCACACAGACUUCACGCCAAGUCCUUAUGACACCGACUCUCUAAAAAUCAAGAAAGGAGACAUUAUAGAUAUCAUCUGUAAAACCCCCAUGGGCAUAUGGACAGGCAUGCUAAACAACAAAGUAGGAAACUUCAAGUUCAUUUACGUGGAUAUUAUCUUGGAAGAGGAAGCAGCACCCAGAAAGGUAAAGCUGCACAGAGGAAGCAAAAGGACCAAGCCCAAAACACUGCAAGAGCUCCUGGAUUGUGUCCACCUGCAGGAAUAUGCCUCAACCCUCUUGCUAAAUGGCUAUGAAACUCUAGAGGACUUAAAGGAUCUACAGGAGAGCCACCUGAUCGAAUUAAAUAUUUCAAACCCAGAAGACAGGGCAAGAUUGUUAUCAGCAAUUGAAAAUCUACAGGACUAUGACAUUGAACAACAGCAGAAAAGUGAGGGUGGUCAGGAGACGCUGAGCUUAAGCCCUCACCAUGGCUUUGACAAAUCACAGUUAAAUGACUGCCCAAGAGAUUCUGGCUGUUAUAUCUCAUCAGAAAAUUCAGAUAAUGGUAAAGAAGAAGUAGACCCAGAAACCCUGUCUGACAUGGUACAGUCAGUAACAAUCACUGAGUCAAACUGAUUCAGUCCUGCUGCUUUUCUGCAGAUUUUCAGAAAAGACAAUCAGAUUUGUGGGUGUGAUGCACAGAAGCAGAAGAAAAAAUCUUCUCAACACCAAAAAGCUACUUCUGUCUGAUGUAUGAUGCUCUAGACUGUUUAAUAAUAAGAAUAUCUCUUGCUUUUCUUUUCAAUGAAUCCACAGACAUUUCACUGAAAAGGUUUAUACAUAUGUAUUUAUAAAUAUUUGUACAGCAAAUGCAUUUUCUAUAAUAAUAAAGAAUUGUUUUAGGUAGUGGUACAUAAUCUGGACAUGUUCAUUUCUGGAACUGUCCAAAAUGUAAAUAUUGUACAUAUUUAUUUUAAAAUGAUACGGAUUAAUCACACUGUCUCUAUUUUCAGAUGUGUUUUGCUGUUAUUUGUACAGAAUGUAUUUUCAUUGAUAUAUCAUCAUAAUAAAAAGGUGGAUACAUUCACAUCCUACUUUGAAAAGUACCAAGCUAAUUCUCAUUAAUAUUAAAGCUGUUUCAUACCAUUCUUCCCCAAAAUGGGCUCUAAAGUAGACUAUCGUCUCCUAAACUUUAUCCUCGAGGUACGAAAGAACUGUAGUGUGAAUCUGAAUCAAGCUCUCUGUGUUCAUUAUCUUUUAGAGAACAUAGCCAUCUGAAUGGCUUAUGCACUGGCAAUUUCUUUACUCUUAUUUUCACACCUGUUCUCAUUCUUCCAAAGCAUUAUACAGAGAAUACAAGCUUGGAGCAAAAAAAAAAAAUCAGUAUCAUCAAUGCUAUGCUUUUAUGACGAUUUUUUUGUGAAGAUCUUACCUUUUGUGCGUGGUGUAAAGUUUGUUAACACAGUAUUUGUUUGUAUACAAACCUGGAAGAUAAUGUGGUUAUUGUGCACUAUUGUCUUUCAUAUGAGAUUUUAUUGUCUUUUCCCAGUAUAUUUUGCACUGAAAUACACAUUUUAACUGCCUGUCUUUUUAGAGUACUUCCUUCAAAAAUAAACAGAAUCAUGUGUUUGAGCCCUUUAAAAA